GGUCAGUUAGUUGGUUGGUUGGUCGAUCGAUCGAUCAGUUGGUCAUUCUGUCGAUUAGUUGGUCGGUUAGUCAGUUGCUUGGUCAAUCGGUCAGUUAGUUGGUUGGUUGAUUGGUGGAUCAAUCGGUCGGUUUGUCAGUCUGUUGGUUGUUGGUUGGUUGGUUAGUUGGUUGGUGGUCAGUCUGUCGGUUAGUUGGUUGGUGGUCGGUCGGUUGGUCUGUCUGCUGGUUGAGCGAUUGGUUGGUCAGUUGGUUAAACUAGCUCUGAUCCUCAGUGUGAGUCUGACCCUGGUACCGCAAUCGUUUUUCUUUGCUCUGAAGGUUUUACACAUCGUUCUGUGUUGAGUUGCUUGGUGGUUGAGUUGUCCCUGUCAUUAAUCACUACAACUGUUUCAAUGCCUUGUGCUUUGUUUGGUUACUUGUUUUCACUCGAAGCAUUUUCCUUUGGUGGUUCUGUGGUUUGUUCACAAUCGGGUCCUUCUUUCUCUGUUCUGAUUUACUUCUCUCAGAUUUCUGCAAGAUAUUUACACAAAAACCAGCUGUGCCUGCAUGACGACAAAAACAAAUAAAUAAAUGAAUAGAAGCGCUGGUGACGGAGGCAAUGUAAACGUCUCUGGUGGUGUAGCACAAACACGCCAGACUGUAGUUAGAGACGCAUCAGGCUGUCCAGUGUCAUUCGCACCCUUAUGGAGUCACAGCCCGAGCCUGAGAGUCUCCUUCAUUGUUUUCUCGGCCCAAGCGCAAGUGCUGCUGACUCUGACUGGAGACAGGUACAACAUAGACGAAGGUCUGAAGCGGCUGCGGGACGUGAAACCAGCUGGUGAAACGUUCAUGCACGAAGGAAUGAAAGAGGCACUAAAUCAGAUCCAGAAGCAGGCGACCAAGUCCUCCAGCAUCAUUCUGGCUUUGACUGAUGGAAAACUUGAAGUUUACGUUCACCAGCUCACAGUGGAAAAGGCUAAUGAGGCGAGGAAAUACGGCGCUCGUGUUUAUUGCGUGGGAAUCAAGGAUUUCGAUGAGCAGCAGCUCGCCGAGAUCGCGGACAGCAAGGACCAUGUGUUUCCUGUCAAAGAUGGCUUCCACGCGCUCAGGGGCAUCGUCAACUCUAUACUAAAGCGCUCGUGCACGGAGAUCCUGAGCGUGGAGCCCUCCAGCGUGUGUGUGAACGAGUCCUUCGACAUCGUCCUCAGGGGCAACGGCUUCUCCGUCGGCCGCAGCAACGACGGCGUCGUCUGCACCUUCAUCGUCAACCAGCAGAUCCUCAGUCACAAGCCGAGCGACGUGCGGAACGAUUACAUGCUGUGUCCGGCCCCGAAGCUCUAUGAAGUCGGACAAACCAUGGAUGUUCUCAUCAGCCUGAACAAUGGCAAGAGCUUCAUCUCCAGCGCCUUCGUCAUCACUGCCUCCACCUGUUCGGACGGCACGGCGGUGGCCAUCGUCUUCCUGGUGCUGCUGAUCAUCGCGGCCCUCGCUCUCAUGUGGUGGUUCUGGCCUCUCUGCUGUAAAAUAGUCAUCAAAGACCCGCCGCCGCCUCCGCCGCCGUCACGUCCUCCACCACCUGAGCCGGAGCCACUGGCCAAGAAGAAGUGGCCGACUGUGGACGCUUCCUACUACGGAGGAAGAGGAGCCGGAGGAAUCAAGCGCAUGGAGGUGCGCUGGGGCGAGAGGGGCUCCACGGAGGAGGGCGCCAGGUUGGAGAAAGCCAAGAACGCCAAGGUGUCCGUCCCCGAGGACGUGGAGCAGCCGGCCUUGAAACGCCCGCGGCCUCAGCCUGCGCCCGCUCACCGCGCGGCCCAGAACAGGUGGUACACUCCCAUCAAGGGCCGCCUCGAUGCGCUGUGGGCGCUGCUGCGGCGCCAGUACGACCGCGUGUCCCUCAUGCGUCCCACCUCUGCAGACCAGGUUCUCACCAACCCAGACGCUGUUAGCAGUGAGAGUUACUGCAGACUGAAGCAGUAACAGGGUGCUGUGACGGGACACAGCAGCGUCGCAGGGACCUGAACCCCACUGGGUCUCAGUGAGCAGAGAAGCCACAGACCCAGUAGAACAAUGGCGUCGGCGCCGCGUGGAUUCGUCUCCUGGCGUUCAACAGCUCCGUGAGGUUUACGAUGUGUGUGUGUGUGUUUGCUAUGAAUCCUCCACCCUGUGUGUGUUGCUGCUCAUGUCUUGCCUGCUAAGGUCACAUUAACCCAAUUCUCACAGUUUGUAGCCCAUGUUUAAAAAAACCACCCAACACCUCCCUGCAGGCAGCGCGGCUUCAGGCUCCUUCACGCUGUUAUAUUUCCAGCAUCGCUGGCCGAUGAUAACAUUAUUUACGGCCUGAAUUAAUAUCCGGCUUGAUAAGCAUAUUUUCCUCAGUAGAGCUAACAAGAUGCUUUAUCACCGAGCCUUUCCACUCAGCGAGCAGCGCUGUAGCACCACCACUGUUCCCUCAUAUUUCCACCCCGCGAGUUUACAGCCUCGUAAAUAACAAGUUUUUGCUGUAAAAUCAGAUUUAACUUUGAACAUGAAGACAGAUUUUGGUUGUGAAAUAUGAAGCCAGAAGCUUUGGUGUAAAUCAAGUCUGGGCUCUGCUAAAUAUGCAAAACACAGCAACGGCACAAAUUGGUGGUGGGAGCUAAUAAAGAAACACUGCAGUAGGAAACGGGAAGUAUGAAAGGCUUUUUAUUAGGAUUAGAUCAAAACACAACGCGUAUUUAAAGGAUUAUGUAAAAAUGUUGUUUUGAUAUAAAAUCCGAAUAAAUGUUGAAAUCUUUUGUUUUAAGUUUAUAAAGUUUAAAGGUUUAAAAGACGAAGCGACUCUAGAUAAUUGAUGGAACCAAUAACAACUGACUCGAUGAGUUUCAGGAGGAACUUUGGUGUCUGUCAGAUGUUACAGAUGUUCAGCACAAAGAUAAAACACACAAUCUAAUAAUAACCAAGUCAUCAACGCAAUCAUCUCUUUUGUGCCUUUGAUUAGACACAAAGGCACAAUUUGCCAUGAAUGCCUUUGUGUUACCUUUCUCUGCUAAUUGUGCUUAAUCAUGUCAUCUGCAGGAAGGCGCUGCGUGUUUGUGGCCGUUCACGUCGGCGCCAUUAGCUGCAAACCUUUAAUUUGCUGAUUAACUCUUUAAAGAGAAGCGAGUCUGUGAUCUCUCUGCCGCUCGCUAAUAACAUCUGAAGGAUCAGUGAUUCAUUAAUGACACAAAUAUGAGAUGUUGCUUUUAUAGAUUUAGGAAACAGAAAAUAAAUUUAGUUUGUUUUUUAUUUGCUAAAAAAUAUGAAUAUUCAUUGCAAAUAAAAGAAUGGAUUGAUGAUGCACGAUAAAAAUGAGGCGCUGCCGUAUUUACAGUUGUGGCUCCAGGUUUAGUUGGUUCAGGCCCGGACCGCUCCUCCGUUCACCUCCUGACCGGCGGCGCCAAGCCCGUUUCCCGCUGCAUUAGUCUCACCAGGGGCUUCGCCGCCGUCCCGACAGCGCCGUCCAAUUACUGCGUCUGUGCUGCGAUCGCAUGUGAGCCCUGCAGCGCGGCGCCGACGGCCACCGUCCAAGCGCUCAGAACCAUCAGGGACUUCAGCCCAAAAGCAGAUCUCCAGCACCGCGACUGGCAGCGCGUGAAGCCCGUCGCUGCUGAUGAGUCACAGCGAGACCUUUGUUUACACAUAGGUUUGUGAACAUUGAAUCAUCUGCACUUUUUUUUAAUGUGGAAAUUUGACUGAUUGAGGCAACAAAGUUUAGUCCACAUGGAUUUGAAGCAUAUUUAUAUCUGGACAGAAAAUGUUGUUGUUGAUGUUUCCUGAAGAUUUAAGGAAGAAAGGAAAUAUGCUGCUGCAGCCAGAAUCUGCUGCCUCGUUAAAAAAGGUCCUGUUACAACAACAAUGUAUUAAUUAUGUAAAUUAUAUUUAAAUCAUUGUUGCAGCUGUGAGUGAGAACCAGACCAGUGGCUGCAUUUUACUGGAGCAUUUAAAUAAUAUAUUUUCUUGCCUGGUAAAAUAAUGAGUUGUUGUUAGAUGACGAGCAGCUCAGCAGUCAAAUCUUUAAGCGCCGCUGUCUCGUAAAUUUCACUUGGGUUUCAUUGCAUUGUUGUGUUUUUAUUAGAAAGAUUCUGCUGCAGUGAAGACGAGUCGCACAUAAAGGAGCUUUAGAUCCGCUCGCGUCGUGUGACUUUCUGUUGGCGUCACAGCGGCUCAUGAUGCCGACGGCGCACAACCAGCAAAUAACAAGAUUUGGAUUUGUAGCUUUUAUUUAUUUGCCUCAUUUUCUGCAGCAUCUUUUAUUUUGUGCUGUUUUUGUUUUUGUUAACCCACAUUUAAUCGUCAAAUAUUUAAAAAGCCGUAGUUUGGGUCCAAACAGAAACAUGUUAAUAACAGGCAAGCGUUCCACAUGUCUGCGUGUUUGCUGACGGGGCCGGGCCCCGGAGACGCGGUGGGAGCUUAUGUUCCAGCUGAGCGUUUGUGGCGGCUCUCGUGGUCUCUCUGGGAGGACGGCCGCCGCCGUGACACCUAAUUUAAAAGUACAGAUGAGCCCAGUGGCUGCGUGCAGACGCUGAUGCGCCGUGGCACCCACAGGAAAAAUGAACAAAUGGCCCCUCUUUUUAUUUUUGGUUUCUGGUCGGAGUCCACGCUCGGAAGCGUUGCGCAUGUUGUGGUUCGGCGCUGAGCUUUGGGGACAACGAACAGCUGUGCGUCCACAGCUGAACUGGCGUCCUUUCCCUUUUUUUGGUGAGUUCAGGUUUCGUGUCCUUUCAUCUGCAGCGACUUCCGCGUUGUCUCCGUUUAAGGCGUUUUUUAAAUAAAUUUUGCCAAGAAGCAACAUUUCUUCUUACAUUUUCCGUUGCCAACUAGCACCUAAGAAACUUUCAUCCACUGUAUAUGAUUCUGUUUUGGUGCUUUGCAGAAUUUUCAAAUGUCACACUAUAAUUUUGCAGUUCCAAUCUGCCCACCUAUCUGCUUUUCCGCUCGGCUCUGAGCGCUGCGGGCAUUUUUAGAAACGGCGCAGAAGGCUGCAAAAGGCUCAAACUUAAGGCGUCGUGACCCCAAAGAAGAAUCUAAACUUUAAUCGAAAGAACGCGGAGCCGCAAACAGGUUUUCAGUGGCCUCUUAGCGCCACCGAAAGCUGUGACUAGUUCUUCCUACAAGCAUCUGUUUAGCACUAAUAGCUAAAAAGCACACUGGCAGAUACAGGAGUGUUUUUGUGAAUGCAUUGUACAACAAAUGUUCAAAUGUGCGGCAUGUGGCUCCACGUGGGAAACGGAGGGAGAGAUUUUUACAAGAAAGUCCGAAUGCGAGUGUGUCGCCUGGCGGGUCGCGGAGCGGCCCAUCAGCUGGCGCACGCCGCGCACAAAGGCCCCGCUGUGGGCGAGGACGGCGGCGGCUGCGUGACAGCCAGUCCAUUAGCCGGAGCCCCAGUCGUCCGACUGGGAGGAGGCCCGGUUGAAGCACUUCAGCACAUAUCGGAGCGGAACAAUCUCUCCUCUGUCUGAUCCUCCUGGCGCCGCUCCACGGCCGUCCUCCCACCGUCUCCCUGUCUUAUGAUUAUUUCAUGCUUUUAAAUUCUUUAUGCCGCAUCGCUGUGGCAUCGGCCCCGCAAGAGCAGAGUGGCGCGUUGGCCAUACAGUACAUUCACACUACAGUUAUUUGGACGGCGCUCCGGUGUGGCUCUGUCCCGGUCCCUCGGUUGGAUUCUGCUCGUCCAUUAGUGCCAUCUGUGCCUUCCUGCGCCGUCUGUGAGGCCCCGUCGACGCCAAAACGAUUGGCAUUUCUCUGGAACAACCAGAGGGACGGUGCCCAGAGCUUUUAGCUGCCAAUGAUGUGCACUUACUCUGACAAAACCGGAGAGGGUGGGGGUGGGGGU